GCACUCUGGUGGCAACGCAUCAUACGUUGUAGACACACCGCACGACACAUGAAUUUUUUUUCUUCUAAACUUUCCUUCUCCUUCGUUUCCUUCAUCGUCUUUGAUUUACUUGUCUGAACGAGCAGGAGCUACAAAAAAAAAAAAUGUCGGACGCGGCCCUCUAUCAUGAGGAGCUAGCCGACUUAGAACAGCAGGUGGAGUCCAUUCUCACUGGAGUCGACAACCAACUUAAGCAAACCUCAGCUAGCAGCAAUAACAACAACGUGAACGUCGUGGCGGCACGCUCGGCAAAGUUCGCCAAGGCGCAAGACCUUCUUCGUCGACUGAAUCGACUCUUGCAGCAGCUGCGGGUUGAGGUGCGCCUGCUGGACGGCGACGAACGCACCGUCUAUGAAGGAAAAGUAGCGGAGCACGUCAAGUGCAUCGCCUCGUUGAAGGAAAGGGCUCAACAAUGCAGGGAGCGAGCUGCGCAGAGUGCGGCGGCUGCAACGACGACGACGGCUGCCGGCUCCAGAAGCACCAGCAACAGCGCGGCCUACCGCUCCGUCGAGGGCGGCCACGGCGUUGUUUGGUCCCCGCGUGAGGGUGCGGAGGAGGACGCGGAGAACGGCGGGGACGGCCCCGCCAUGAGCAACCGCCCCGAGGCACGUCAGGCGGCGGGUCGCAUCAACGAGGUGCAGCAGAGCACGCUGCAGUCCUUGGGCCAAUCCGAGAAGCUGUUGAACGAGACGGAGACAGUAGGCGCCGAGGCGGCGACGACGCUGCGAGCGCAGACGGAGCAGAUCAAACACGUGAAUGAGGAGCUCGACGAGAUGCACGGGGAGAUUGGCCGGGCCAGCACGGAGCUGAAGAGUUUCAUGCGGCGCAUGGCGCGUGAUCGGCUCGUGAUCUUCUUCAUCAUCGCGAUCGUGGUGUGCAUCAUUGUGAUUGUUGUUUUGGCGGUCGUGAAACACUACGUGAAGUAA